AUGGCGGCAACCCCAGCUCCGUAUGAAGUCUCCGACCAGUGGAUGGGCCAACCACGCCCAGUCCGUGUGGUCGUCGUGGGCGCAGGCAUAGGCGGCAUCGCCGCCGUGAGACUGUUCCACGAGGUCUUUCAAGCGAAGCCUGCUGAACUAAUUAUCUACGAGAAGAACAAUGACGUUGGGGGAACAUGGCUGGAAAACCGAUAUCCGGGUUGCUCAUGCGAUAUUCCGGCUCACGGCUACACUUAUUCCUGGGAGGGGAAUUCAGGGUGGUCAAAGCCGUAUGUGGGAGCGGAGGAGAUCUUCGACUAUUACAAAGGUCGUGCCCAAGCGUACGGCGUCUUUGACCACCUCCACUUGCGACACCGUGUGACUUCCGCAACAUGGGCCGAUGGCGAUGGACGAUGGAAGCUUGACAUACUCAAUCUAGCGGAUGGAAGCACGAUACAUGACGAGUGCGAUGUACUUAUCAACGCCGGGGGAUUCUUGAACAACUGGAAGUGGCCGGCAAUCGAUGGGAUCGAGAACUUCAGAGGCCACAAAGUGCAUUCGGCCAAAUGGGAUGACGACUGUUCUUUCGAAGGGAAGACGGUCGGAGUGAUCGGGUCCGGGUCCUCCGCAAUCCAAAUCGUCCCUUUGAUUCAGAAAGAGGUCAAGUCCCUGGUGUCGUUCGACCGGUCGCCGACGUGGAUCACCCCCGAGUUUGCGGCAGAGUUCGUUCCCGAAGGUAAAAGCGCGGUCUUUUCAGCGGAGCAAAGGAAGCGGUGGGCCGAUAACCCGCAUGAGUUUCUCGCAUAUCGCAAAGCGAUUGAGAGCAGCGCGAACAAGUUCUUCAAUCUGCAAUUCAAGAACAGCAACGCGCAAAAAGAGCUUACGGAGCAGUUCACGACCAGUAUGAAGAAAAGACUCGGCCGGGAAGACCUUGCGUCCUUGCUAGUGCCCACGUUUGCCGUUGGCUGCCGCAGAAUGACUCCUGGCCACGGCUACUUGGAGGCUCUCGCCGCCAGCAACGUAACCGUGAGAGGUGAUCCCAUUGCGCACAUUACUCGGAAUGGCAUCCAGAUGGCGGACGGGACGCACUUGGCUCUGGACGUUAUAAUCUGCGCCACCGGUUUCGACACUUCCUAUCGGCCAUCCUUCUCACUCGUGGGGAAGAACGGUCGCGAUCUUCGCGAGUAUUGGGCCGACGAGCCGCGAUCAUACCUGUCGGUAGCGUUCGUUCUACACGAUGUUCCUGUCCACAUCGCUCUUCUGACCAUUAUAGUGGCUACCGGUCCGAAUUUUCCGCUCGCCAACGGGUCAUUGUUGGCCUGUCUAGAGCAGACCCUGAGAUAUGCCUUUGCAGCAACGCGGAAGAUCCAAACGCACAAUCUCAAAUCGCUAUCGCCAACACGGGGGGCUGUGGACGAGUUCCAAGAGCAUAAAGAUGCCUUGAUGGAGGAACUCGUCUGGACAUCCCACUGCCGUUCAUGGUACAAAAACGGGAAGGUAGAUGGUAAAGUAUGGGGCCCGUGGUGUGGAUCUGCUUUGCAUUUCAUCGAGCUACUGGGUCAGCCUCGGUGGGAAGACUUCGACAUAGAAUACAGGAGUGGCAAUCGCUUUCAAUAUCUUGGUAAAGGCCAAACGGAGAGGGAGAAAUGCGGGGACGACUUAGCUUGGUAUCUCAAACAGCCGGGUGUUUAG